AUGGACUUCAUCAACGACAACACAGGCUACUUCGCCAGCGGCGGUAAGUUCCCCAAGAAGAGGCACACCGUCGAGCUCGGGAGCUUCCGCGUGUACUACGGCACCGUCCCCGAGCUUUCUUUUUUACUGACGGCCCAUUUUUGCCGGCUUGCAGCUGAGGCCGCCCGGGUCCCGCAGCUUGAGUCGGACCUCCGAGUUGCCCGCGCUCAAUGCGCCACAAGUGAGGAGGCGAACCAGGCUGCUGCCGCCAAGCUGAAGGUGGCUGACGGGGAGCUGAAACGGCUGCGCCUCCUUGAGGCUAACCAUCUCAAGGAACUUGCCGCCCUCAAGAAGGAGCAGGAGGAGAAGCUGGAGGGUCUGAGCAAGCGGUUGGAGGAGGUGGAGCGGCAACGGCUUUCGCUCCAGCAAGAGGUGACCACCAAGUCCAACGAGCUGUCGGCCACCACCAAGCGGUGGUUGGGGGAACUUAGCGCGCUCGACCGCGGCUUGGCGGCGGCCUUCCCUGAGGCGCAGGAGGAGGCGUUAGCGGCUGUUGGCAGGGCGCGGGAGGAUCGCCGGCAGGCCACUGGGGAGCAGAGCUCCGACUGCUUCACCAUGGACGACUAUCUGGCGUCCAUCGCCGCCCGCGUGGAGCCGGUCACCAAGCUUGGCUGGGAGCUGCGGAAGGCAGCGGAGGAGCUGGUCCGACUGCUGUGGCCGACAGAGACGCUGCCGGAAGAUCUCUCCAAUCUCAUCGCUUGGCUGGACAGGGCUCCCGACCGCUUCUUGGACUGGAAGGAGUCGGCCACGCGCGCCGGAGCCGAUAUGGCGCUAUCUUUUGUGCUUUCCUGGUAUAACGAGGUUAGCCUCGACCAGUUGGAGUUCCGGCGCGCCGACGUGGAGGACAAGCUCCCGGCGGAGAACAAGACUGCUCGGCUUGCCCGCGCCUGCGCCAUUGCCGACUUCGUCGACAAGUCCAUCUUCAUCGCGGACCCGAAUCCGCCGUCUGACGACGAGGAGGAGGCUGAGGACGAGGAGGCGGACGACGUGCCCGAGGAUGACCCGGCAGCCGGCUCUGCUGAUGCUCCCCCGGCUGGUUCUGAUCCAGCCGGUGCUUAGCUUCUACCUGUCUUUCAAUUGUUGCUUUUGCCAAGACAAUUCGUUAAAUCCCCGGGAUGCCGGGUGCAUAUGUAAGACAAUAUUAUCGCCCUUUAAUUA